CAUCCAAUCAGAAUUAGCUGUCGUGUCCAGAAGGUGAAAGGGAACUACGGCAAGCGAAGCGGACUAUAAAUGUUUGGUUAGCAGUGUUGUGAGUUGUCACCUGAUUACUUUGGGAUAAGAAUCUGCAAGUGUUUACGAAUUCACUCGGACUUCAGGAACAGGACAUCAUCAUCAUCAUCAUCAUCAUCAUCAUGGGUUACACAAAGGGGCAGCUUUGGUGCUGCCUGCUGCUGCUAUCCUGCUGUGUGCUUUGUGUUCACUCACAUGGAGACCAUCAUGGUCAAGUGCCAGGAAACCCACCACCUCCCAUCACCCGCCUAGACAGGAACAUGGUGCAGGACAAAGACCACAUCAUGGAGCAUUUAGACGGGGUGAUCGACAAGCCGGAGUCGGACAUGACUCCUCAAGAGCUGCAGCUUCACUAUUUCAAAAUGCAUGACUAUGAUGGUAACAACCUGCUGGAUGGGCUCGAGCUUGCCACCGCAAUUACACAUGUACACACGGAGGAGAAAGGUCAGAACAGCCCACCGAUGAACGAGCAGGACCUCAUCAAUAUUAUCGAUCAAGUCCUUCGGGAUGAUGACAAAAACAACGAUGGCUACAUCGAUUACGCCGAGUUUGCGAAGUCUCUCCAGUAACGAGGGAGGCGUGAAGGUGUUACUAUGUGUGUGUGUGAAAGAGAUUGAGAGUGUGUGUGUGGUGGUGGGUAUGGAGAAACAUAGAGGAGUGUGUGCUGCCUUACUGUGAGCUCUGAUUACCUCUACCUGAACGGUAUCAGUGAUCUGGGUGUGUAUACCCAACCUCAGCAAAGUUACAGUGUUUCUUAGACAGAAUGGCUGCUCAUAUAAGCACAAACUUCAGUCUUUUUGCUGUUUCAGCACAUUUUCUUGAACACUUUAAGCACUUCAAAUUCAAGGUUAUAACAAGGAUCGGAUCUGAACAGCUGGAAUCUACUGAACACACUUUAGCCUGAAACCUGUAUCAGAAAGAAGCUGCCAAAUACAAGCAAAGACUUGUCCUUCUUUUAUUAUUGCUGCAGUGUGUUUUGAAGCAACAUUCUAAUGCAAAGUAAUGAAUGGAGAUUAAAUGGAGUAAAAUUACUUCCUUUCCUUGAUGAGUGAAUCUAGCAUUUCCUGUUUUUUUUUUUUUUACUUUAGUAUCAUAAA